AUGCGUCUCUCUGCGGGCCUGCUGUGCUCUCUGGCGGCUCUGUGUCUCUGCACACACGGCCUGGUUCGGAUUCCUCUGAAGAAGUUCCGCUCCCUCCGUCGCUCCAUCACAGACUCUGGUCGGUCUCUGGAGCAGAUCAUGAGCCAUGGAGAGAACAACAAGUACAACCUGGGCUUCCCCAGGGCCCCCACUCCCGAGCUCCUCACCAACUAUCUGGACGCGCAGUACUACGGGGAGAUCAGCCUGGGAACCCCGCCUCAGCCCUUCACUGUGGUCUUUGACACUGGCUCCUCAAACCUGUGGGUCCCAUCAGUGCACUGCUCUCUUCUGGACAUCGCCUGCUUGUUGCAUCAUAAAUACAACGGGGCCAAGUCCAGCACAUACGUGAAGAACGGGACGGCGUUUGCCAUUCAGUAUGGAUCCGGAAGUCUGUCAGGAUACCUGAGCCAGGACACCUGCUCCGUGGGGGGCCUGCCGGUGGAGAGGCAGCUGUUUGGAGAGGCCAUAAAGCAGCCUGGGAUCGUCUUCGUUGCUGCUAAGUUUGAUGGGAUCCUGGGGAUGGCCUUCCCCCGCAUCUCUGUGGACGGAGUGGACCCAGUGUUCGACAACAUGAUGCUCCAGAAGAAGCUGGAACAGAACGUCUUCUCCUUCUACCUAAACAGGAACCCAGACUCUGCUCCUGGAGGAGAGCUGCUGCUCGGAGGAACUGACCCCAAAUACUUCUCUGGAGACUUCCACUACAACAACGUCACCCGACUGGCCUACUGGCAGAUCCACAUGGACGGUCUGCAGGUGGGCUCUCAGCUGGGCCUCUGCACAGAUGGUUGUGAGGUCAUCGUGGACACAGGGACCUCUCUGAUCACUGGCCCCGCAGCAGAGGUCAAAGCUCUGCACAAGGCUAUAGGAGCGCUGCCCCUGAUCCAGGGAGAGUACAUGGUGAGCUGUGACAAAGUGCCCACGCUUCCCUCCAUCACCUUCAACAUCGGGGGUCAGUCCUACUCUCUGACCGGAGAGCAGUACAUCCUCAAGGCAAAGUUUUCUCCGGAGAGAACUGGAGUUACCAGCGGAGACUCCUCUCAUGAUCCAGCGGGCACACAGGGCGCUGCUGGGAGACCUGCUCUGGGCAGCCGCCGGGAGACCUGCUCUGGGCAGCUGCUGGGAGACCUGCUCAGGGCAGCCGCUGGGAGACCUGCUCAGGGCAGCCGCCGGGAGACCUGCUCUGGGCAGCUGCUGGGAGACCUGCUCAGGGCAGCCGCUGGGAGACCUGCUCAGGGCAGCCGCUGGGAGACCUGCUCAGGGCAGCCGCCGGGAGACCUGCUCAGGGCGCCGCGCUCCAUCGUUGUGAACUUUCUCCGGUUUGACAUAAAAGAGAUGAUCCUGAAGAAGGCUUGGCAGAAACGUUUGAAAAUUGAAGGAAAACCACUUUUCUUUGACCAAGACUACGCGUACGAAGUAGUCCAACAACGCAAAGCGUACGGAGGCAUAAAGAAAGUGCUGAAAGAAACGGUAUCAGAUUUCAGACGCCAUUAA